AUGAGCGCGGCAGUUGCGGCGUCUGAGGCCGGCGACGCCCCCUCGGCGAGCGCGCGACGCAAGUCCGGACGCGUGACGAAGAAGCCCGAAAAGUUCACGCCGGGCGCCAGUCCCACGGGAAGCAGCAAGAGGAAGCGUGGCGACGACAACGACAACGACAACGACAACGACAACGACAGCGACAGCGGACCAGACGCGGACGAAACAUCGUCGGAAGAGGACGACGAGAGCACCGAGGGCGAGCCAGACGAAGAGGAACUGAGGGAGCGGCGGCGCAGGACCAAGGGCAAAACGCCUGCAAAACGCCCCGCGCCGAAGAAGGCAAAGACCAAUGGAAAGAGCGUCACGCUGGCGAUGCGCCCCGCCACAGGCGCGCCCAGGAAAGCAAGCCGGCCGCGCAAAGCACCUGUGCGCAAGAGCAUUCUGGCUGCACACGAGACGGAAGGGCUCUACGUCGACGUCUUUGCCAGCGGCGACCGCCUCGAGGACAUCACGGCGCGCUGGAUCGCGCGAUUCAACGAGCACGAGGCGCAAGCCGUCGCCGAGAUUGUCAACUUCGUACUGCGCGCCGCCGGUUGCAGCCUGCGCAUCGACGAAGACGACAUCGCCGACCCGGACAACGCGCCGAGUCGCGUCGCAGAGCUCCAGGAAGAGUUCCAGGCGCAAGACGUGACCGAAUAUCCGCUCAUCGCCAAAGCAAAGGACGGCGGCGGCCAGGCGUUCAGACACGCCUUGCACCGCUUCUUCCUCACGCUCGUCCAGAGCAUCGCCCAGUCCGGACUCAUGUACGAGCACCAGGAGCUGCUCGAGAACACGGCCGUCUGGAUUGGCGCCAUGUCCUCGAGUGGCAACCGGCCCUUCCGGCACACGGCUACAGUCGCAGCAUUGGCCAUUACCACAGCGCUCGCCUCGGCAGCCGCAGACAUUGUCGAAAACACAGCGAAAAAGAUGCGGCAAAGCGAGUCUGAAGCGAACAAGUCGCGCGUCAACAAAGCUCGUGUCUCUGCAGCAAACCAGGAGGUCGACGACUACAACGCGAAGCUCGAGGCCGUCGACGGCGCACUCAAUGACUGGUUCAGUCUGGUGUACGUCCACCGAUACCGCGACGUGGACCCCCACAUCAGAGUGGACUGCGUUGGAGCGCUGGCAGACUGGAUCAUCACAUACCCAGACAAGUUCUUCGACGGCAGCCAUCUGCGCUACCUUGGCUGGGUCCUCUCAGAUCCAAACUCACCUACACGCGUCGAGGUGCUGCACCAGCUGGCGAGGCUGUUCGGUGACAAAGACAAGCUCGCUGGACUGAAGACGUUUACAGAACGCUUCCGAUCCCGAAUCGUUGAAAUUGCGACUCGAGACGCUGAGAACAAUGUGCGUGCCGCGGCUGUCGACCUGCUAGAUAUCCUGCGUGAGGCUGGCUUCCUCGAGCCAGACGACAUUGACUCGGUCGGCAAGCUCAUCUUCGAUACCGAUACCAAGGUGCGCAAGUCGGUCGUGGGCUUCUUUGCUGAGAACGUCAACGCUGCCUACGAGGCCAUUGUCGACGAUAUGGGAGGCCAAGAAGCUCUCGACGAAGCGUUGGGAUCACCAGAGGACGAAGAAGAUGAGUAUCAGAACCCUCGACUGGAGUGGCUGAAGCUCAAGUGUCUCGUUGACCAGCUUCUAUCGUAUGAUGAGGACGACGUAGAGCUACCAACUCAGAUUGAGCGCAUCUCACAUGCAAGUGCAGAACUAGGGUUGGUCGCUGCUGGUGUCGAGUCGCGGUACUCACUAGCUGCUCAGGCGCUGUACGAGGCCGUUCCUGAGAUGAGAUCGUGGGAAGUGUUGGCGGGUUACCUUCUCUACGAUCACACACAAACGGCACAGAACGGCGCCGGCGAUGAUGCAGAGGCCAUGUUACGACAAAACUGCCAGCUUGAGGAGAAGCACGAGACCGUACUACUGGACAUCUUGAACGCUGUCGUUCGUCUUCGGUUGCAGCGUCUUGCAGUAGCACAGACAGACAGAAAGAGGACGAAAGCUCAGCGCGAGAGCGACCAGGAAGAGCAGGCAGAGAUGGCGAGGAAACUCACAUUGCUCAUCCCCGAUCUGCUGAAGAAGUUUGGUGCGCUGCCCGAGGCUGCAGCACUGUGUCUCCGUCUUGAGCGUGAGCUCAGUCUGGAUGUCUUCCAAGAGCUGCGACAGAACGCAGCCUUGACCGCAUUACUGGACGAUAUCAACAAGCAGUUCCUGACACACCACAACGAGCGCGUCCUAAUAGAAGCUGUUGGCUCCAUAUUGCAUGCUCAGGAGAAUGACGAGCUCAAGGAAGUAAUCCGCCUCAAGAUCCAAGCGUUGUGGGAUGAUCUGAUCAACACGUUCGACGCACUCCGGCGCGGCAAAGAUCUUUCAGCACGAGGUAACCUCGGUGAAAACAUCCUAGCCGGUGUUUCGAACAUUGUCUUGAAGAUUGCGCAGCUGAGCAAGGCUUCUGAUGCUGCGGUGCUCGACCAGAUUAUUGUGCCUGCCAACUCGAGAAGCAAAUCCAAGAAGGCUGCCCCGGACGCACCGCCAAUUGUAUCCAUCUUACAGAUAUUAGACCGCGGCCUGCCCUCGGACGAUCUAGACGCCGACACAAACGAAGCCGAGGACACGCUCGUCCGCCACGCUAUGUCACUGAUGCUCACAUACUUUGCGUGGAAGUGUCGGGAAUGCUUGGUUCAUAUCGAAGAGGGCACGGCGAUGCCGGAUGACGAGCUCACCACCCUGGUCGGGCGACGGGAUACGUGCUUACGAUCUCUCAUGGCCAUGCUUGAGAAUCGCAAGGGCGCCGACGAGGUGCGUCUCGAGGCUGCCAACCUGCUUCUUGAUAUCUACAACAUGUUCCGCUCGCUUCAGACCAAGAAGUCGAAGCUCAGCGUCACGCCAAAGAAGGCACAAGGCCGUGUCUCCAGAGGGGAUGAGGAUGACACGAGCGACGACUGGGAAGCUCUCGCUCAAGACAUCGAUACCCCGACUGUCAAGAUCCUGAUGCAGAUCCUCACCGCAACGGAGAACAACCUCGCCAAGCUCGCCAACAAGCGUCUUGAAGAGCCCGACGUGGACGAUGAUCCCAUUGACCCUGACGACGAGCCCGAGUCGGACGAUGAAGAAUCAGAAGACACACGCACUCAAGAAGACAAGCAGGUCCGCCUUCUCAUGGCGGAAGAGCGUCUCUGCGUGUUUGGUGGGCGCAUUGUGCACGCCUUCCUAGCGGGCAGCUUGGGUGGUGAGGUGGGCGAGGCGGCCAAGAAGCGGAUGGAGAGGAACAAGGCAAACUUGACGCCGACGUGGAGGGAGGUCGUCAACCACCUCGAUGUAUCCAGGACUGUGAAGAAGGCGAGCAAGAAGGCACCCGUCAAGCCAGCGGCGAAGGCGGGCAGGAGCGAGGAGAUUGUAAUUGAGAGCGACGAGGAAGAGGAAGAAGAGGUGGAGGUGCCCGGUGACGAGAUCGAGGAUGAGGAGAUGGCGGAUGCGGAGCCGGACGAGCAAGGCAAUGAUGGCGAUGAGAAUGGUGAGGCUGGAGGAGAUGCUGACGAAGAGAGCAUCCUCGGUGACUGA